UUUUUUCCCCCUCGACAUCAAUUCGCCCUCCCGAUCUUUCUUCCUUACAUCCCCUCAUCACACAUGGCCCUCGAAGUCGUCAAAAAACACGAAAACGCCCACCCCCACUCCAUCUGGACCGUCGCCUGCAAGAACAAAUACGUCGCCACCGGCGGCGUCGACGGCGUCGUCAAAGUCUGGCUCCAAGACGACCCCUACGACUGCGUCAAGGAACUCUCCUGCUCCAUCCUCUCCGUCGUCUCUGUCGCCCUCACCUCCACAACCCUCCUCGCCAGCAGCAUCGAUAACCAUCUAAAAGUCUGGGACCUCAACACCUGGGAACUCCUCAAAGACAUCGAGUUCGGCUCCGCCGAACUUUGGAACAUUUGUGUAAACCCCGUCAACCCUUCUCUCCUCGCCACCUCCGGACAAAAAGGACAUGUGAACAUAUGGGACGUCACCAAGGGGUCCAAAACUCAAACUCUAGAAACCUCAAGCGACAAGUUCCUCAUUUGCAUUUCAUGGAGCAUCAGCGGAAAAUACAUCGCUUGCGGCUCCGUAGACGGCGUCCUCACCGUCUUUUCCCUGGAAGAAGGCUCAAAACUCCAUUCUAUAGAAGUGUACACAUGUACGAUUAGGUCGGUUUGCUUCUCGAUUGAUGAGCAGGUUCUAGCAGUCGCGUCGGACGACUCGUUCGUGCAUAUCUAUAACGUGGAGACGGCCCACUUGGUGAGGUCGUUAUCGGGUCACCACUCGUGGGUGACGGCGGUGAGCUUGAGUCCCAACAACAAGUACUUGGUGUCCGGCUCGUUGGACAAGAACGUGAAGGUCUGGGACGCGCAAACUGGCGACUCGCUGGCGGUGUACAGCUACCACAACGGUGCGGUGUGGGGCUUGGCGUGGAAUAACACGGGCACGAGGCUGUUCUCAGUGGGCGAAGACGGCCAGUUAGUCAUUUAUAACUGCUUGGAGAAGUAGUGUAAGAGUUUUUGUGGCGGGCAAUGGCACAACUGUAGCAAUCGAAAGGAAACUAGAAGCAAUUUUUUUUUAUUGGUACGGUACAAUCACUGUUGCUGCCGACUCGACUCACUGGUCAUGACGGAAGGCUUGGAGGCGACGGUGUAGAUAUCGAAAGGUAUUUGCAAGAGUUCUGAGAGUUCUUGGUUUAGUAGGUCGUACAUCAGAUGUCCAUCUCUAGUGCUUUUCCAGGCUUUAAGUGUUGAAUCGUAGCAGUACCGCUUUGGUCCACUGACGGGAGAAGACCACCAGAUUUGCCUGUUUUGGCAUUGUUUGUUGAUGGCGUAGGUGCCCUUUUCUCCUAGGCUAAGCUCGAGAACGCCGUCCUGUUCGCAUAGGGGAGAGGUGAGUCAAGCACUUUUUUUUUUGAAUGAGACGAAAGCAGAAGAUAGCGUGAAUCAUCGGACCUGUUCGGAGACGUCGAAUCCGGGUAUUUCGAGCUGUUCGAGCUGUUCAAACUUCUGCAUCAUUUCUUGGAGCGCCUGGUCGGAGACCCGAUGAAAGGUACAAAGAUCGAUGCUUUGGGCAGUGCAUAGGAGUCGGCGCGCGGCGUAGGUCGGGGGCAAGCGCUGCACGUCGACGAACGCAUUUAGUAAAGAUACAUACAUAAUAGAUGGAUGUGUGUGUGCCGUGUUGAGGCGAGAAGAGAGGCGUACGACUAAUGUGUGGUGUUGAAAGGUGUGAAGUGCCAAGCUAGAGUUUUGAGUUAUACCUCGAGAGAAGCUCUGUGAGUGUGUAGGUUUCAGAAAAUGACUCAGUAAAGAUCGCAUGAAGACGGAAAAUAUAUCAAUCAGAACUUAUUUUUUAUUGAUGAAAUACGAGUUAGAAAACGCCUUAUGUGCUGAAUUAAUUUUAGGUUCAUAGAAACAGAAUCAGGACAAAAGCUGUCCUAGAAAUUUGAGAUAUUCUACUACAAAUUGAGAUGGUCGCUACGACUCAACCUAGGAAAAGCGGCCAAUAGCAUCCUGGACCCCCUCUCUAUAGAGAGGAAAAUUGAUAGAAAAUCGUGUAUAGACAUUCUGGACUCGGUUUGACAUUCAGACGAACGCAUUCUCGGUCUCACGGUGUUGUUUCUGAAACAAUUGAAGCCAAGAUUUAUCUGCCAAGAAUUGGU